AGCGCGGCAGAUAGUUAAACAAUGCGGUACUUGCCCCACUACCACUACUGUACCCUCCUAUGGCGUAAACCCCAGAGGGUUAAUGCCCAAUCAGCUAUGGCAGAUGGAUGUUACUCAUGUUGCCCCUUUUGGGAAAUUAAAAUAUGUACAUGUCACUAUAGAUACAUUUUCUGGAUUUAUUAUGGCAACUGCCCAAACUGGAGAAGCCAGUAAGCAUUGUAUUGCCCAUUGCUUAAAAUGCUUUGCCACCAUGGGGCAGCCCAAAUGUAUCAAAACAGACAAUAGACCAGGGUACACUGGUAAAAAUUUCCAGGUAUUUUGCAGUCAACUAGGAAUCAGUCUAAAAACAGGAAUUCCCUAUAACCCUCAAGGACAGGGGAUAGUAGAGAGAGCCAAUGGGACUCUUAAAACUCAAUUGCAAAAAAUAAAAGAGGGGGAGCUAUACCCUAGGUCAGCACAUAACUAUUUACAUCAUGCUCUCUUUAUCCUUAAUUUUUUAACUUUUGAUGCUCAUGGACAAUCUGCUGCUCAGAGAUUGUGGGGAGCCAGUAGUUCCCGCACUUAUGCUCAGGACGCCGAGGGGCCGCGCUGGUUACCAGAGAGGCUGGUUCGCCACGCAACAGUCCAGACAUCCGAGAGGGAGGACCAGGACCCAACAGGAGGGUCGCAACGUCCCGGUUUAUGUUAACAAUACCAAGCUUCUUGGGGGGCCUUCGAAUGGUCACCUCCAGGCGCACAACCCAGUGCCAUACAACUUUUCCGCUAUAGGAGAAGGCACUCCUAUCUGUUUUUCCAAGAACGUGAGUGCAACGGGCUGUGUUACCCUCCAAGGGGUCACUUUUAAGGUCAACAGCUCCACCGUCGGAUGGAAUAUCAAUGUGAUGAGCCUCGGGGGGCUGGGAACCGGACUAAAUGCCUCUCUUCCCCGAGACGUCCUGCCAUGUGAGAAACCAUCCGAUAUACGAGAGCAUUCCGUGCCCUGGGAGCGGUGCUACACCAAUCAAGCUGUUGCCUUCCCGAUCCAGGGCACCAACUCAUCCAUCAUCAACUGGUCCGUCUUCAACAAGACCAGUUGGACUCAAGGACUCUAUGAGGGACUCUGGAGCGUGGCUGGCGGUCCAAUCCAGCUACUACUCUGGAAAUUGGCUGCUGCUCUGAACACGGUCACAGCCGUGGUGACCUAUCCGUCUAGUGAUAAGAAUAAGAACUGGACUGCAAGCAGCUGGACAGUUAAUGUGACUGCCUGUGUGCCAGAGCCUUAUGCCUUGCUAGUGGGGAAGGUGAAUAUUUCCCAUCAAAGUCAGACCUUUAAUGUUACUUGUGUAAAUUGCCUGUUAACCAAUUGUAUUGCUAAUGUACCUUGGGGAGAACAGGUGGUUGUUCUCCACCAGCCUGCCUUUGUAAUGGUCCCGGUAAAUCUCUCUGAGCCCUGGUAUAAUGAUCAUUCCCUCCAGGUGUGGAGGGAGGUGACCUCGGCCCUCAGCAGACCCCGGAGGUUCAUUGGGUUGCUGAUAGCCGGUGUCACGGCCUUGAUAACCUUAAUUGCCACGGCUGCAGCUGCUGCUGCGGCCCUUACCCAGGAGGUACAGACAGCUCAUUUUGUCAAUGAUUUAUCCAAAAAUGUUAGCACAGCCUUAGGGACACAAGAGGCAAUUGAUAGAAAGAUUGAGGAGAAGCUCAAUGCUUUAUAUGACAUGGUUAUGUACCUAGGGGAAGAGAUAGAUGGGUUAAAGGUAAGGAACAAAUUACAAUGCCAUGCUAACUAUCAAUGGAUAUGUGUUACGCCUCAGCCAUACAACCAGUCCGUACAUGGCUGGAAUAAGGUAAAGGCUCAUUUGUCAGGAAUCUGGCACAAUGCUAACGAAUCCAUAGACCUACUGAAAUUACAUGAGGAGAUCCUAGGUCUGCAAAGUACAGACCCCCUUAAGGUAGAUGCGGCAGAAACCGCCAAGGACUUUUUAAAUCAGCUUAUGCCCAUGGUCCCCUCCACCUCUGACCUUCAACAUGUGGCCCUUACCGUAGCCCUAGUAGGGGCCGUGGUAGUAGGGCUAGCGUGCCUUUUGCCUUUUCUGGUGCGCAGAGGAAUCAGCGCUUUAACGCUUCUCCAAGCAGGCCUACACGAGGUUAAGCUCAAGGCCGGCCCACAAGGGCCUCUACAUGUUGUAUAG